AUGCAUCUGAUGAUGAAGUUAAAGGCGGUUAAAUAACAGAUGACAAGGUCAUAGACACAGUCAAGGAGCAGGAGAAACAUUCAUCGUGAACUCUCAAGAACUGAACUAAGCAGAAAUGUUUUCCCUGAACUGAUGAAGGACGUGAGGACGCAGUUCUUUAAUUAUCUUUCACGUGCAGCUCCUUCUUUCAAUGAGACUCACGAUGCACGAGGAAUCCACAAGUGGAGAGCAGCUUUCUCCUCAAAACAUCCCCGGAGUUUCCAAACACCACAGACCUAAAAGCCAAAGCUGACCUCUGCGAGAUGCUGUGAUCCAGAGGGUCUGGACAUCUGAUGGUCAGCUGAUUCUUCUGUAAUCUCCAGCACGGGCAGAAUGGCAAAUUAUGACGAGGACACCGCCUUUCUGGGGCAAAAGGGACCAUUUUUUGUCAACCUUUUCUUUCUCUUGAAUGCCAUCUACAUUUCAACGGGGCUUCACGGCCUCUACAUAGUUUUUGUUGGGGCUUCACCGUCACAUCACUGUCGGAUAGCAGAUGGAAACCUUAGUGAAGAAUGGAUGACAGCCAGCAUUCCCAAUGAGACAGUCAAUGGAAAACUGCAGCCAAGUCAGUGUAGGAGAUACAGCCUGGAGACGGUCAGAGAGCUGUCUGCGCAGGGUUACUCUCCGCUGGAGGUCAACCUCACAGACAUUACACUGGAGACGUGUGUGGACGGAUGGAGCUACAGCACAGAAAUAUACCACUCCACCAUCGUCUCUGAGUGGGAUCUGGUGUGUGACAGCGAGUGGAGAGUUCCCUUCACAACAUCAACUCUAUACAUGGGCUACUUGCUGGGCUCUCUUGUUUCCGGCCAACUUUCUGACAGGUUCGGCAGGAAGAAGGUUCUCUUCGUGUCUCUGGCGGCAGAAGCACUAGUGAUCCUCGCGCAGUCCUUCUCCAACUCCUGGCUGCUCUUCUGCAUUCUGUAUUUUUUUGUCGGCGCUUUCCAAAUAUCUCUGUACAUCACAGCGUUUGUGCUUGGUAGUGAAGUACUGAGUAAAUCCCUGCGAGUGCUCUUCACGACGCUGGGAGCGUUUCUGCAUUACUGCAUCGGUUACAUGGUGCUGCCGUGGAUGGCCUUCGCUGUCCGUGACUGGAGGUCACUCCUGAGGGUUCUGUCGGGCCUGACCGUGGUCUACAUCCCUCUGUGGUGGCUGAUCCCGGAGUCUCCGCGGUGGCUUCUCUCUCAGGGACGCGUGCUGGAGUCUGAGGCCAUCGUGAGAGAAGCAGCAGAGAAGAACAAAGUCUCUGUGCCAGAGGUCAUCUUCAGCGAGUCCCAGGUUAAAGAGAACAGCAAGUUCAGCGUGCUCGACGUUCUACAGACCAGAGAUAUCCGCAGAACCACGUUCUUAUGUUUGCUGCUGUGGAUGGCCAUCAACAUUGGAUAUUUCGGCUUGUCCUUGAACACCACUAACCUCAGCGGCGAUCCCUUCCUCAACUGCUUCCUGUCCGCGGUCACUGAGGUGCCUGCCUACAUCAUGUCCACGAUUCUCCUGAAGAGCUGUCCUCGGAGACCCGUCCUGUCUGCUUUCCUCAUCAUCGGAGGAGGAUUUCUGCUUCUGCUGCAGCUGAUUCCUGAAAGUCAGCAUACUCUGGCACUGGUGUUAGAGAUGGCCGGUAAGUUUGGCUUCACCAUGUCCUUCACCGUGGUCUACAUCUACACGGCGGAGCUCUACCCCACCGUCCUGAGAAACCUGGGCAUGGGCUUGUGCUCCUCAGCCGCUCGCAUCGGCAGCAUCACCGCUCCUUACAUCAUAUUCCUGGGUACUUUCAACAAAUAUCUGCCCUACAUCCUGAUGGGAAGUCUGACCAUUGCUUCCUCAAUAACAAACAUGUUUCUGCCGGAGACUUUUGGAAAAGUGCUGCCCGAGACUCUGGAACAAAUGCAGAAAUGCAGAAGUUUUGUUAGAAGAGAUAAACACACCUUGGAGGAAGGGAAAGGAACAGUCAUCAUGAAAGAAGACAAGAUUUGAAAUAAGAACAUUUUGACGGCUUCACAGCAGGAAAUAAAUGAACAGAUCCUCCGGAGGACACGAAGACGUGCAGAAGAUCAGACACGGCCCUCGUCAGGACGGUCAACGUUUUUAUAGACAACUAUUAUUAAAAUGGGAUUAAAAUAUGUAUAUAGGUCCUUUUUUACACUUUUUUUUUUAAGUAUUAUAUUAACAACGGAUUUGUUUUUUUUAUGUCAAUCUGUAAUUGGCAUUAGUACAUGAAUGUUUAUUUACCAUUAUACUUAACAUAUAAUUUAAAAGAUAUUAAUGGUUGAUGUGAGAAUCGCUUCAAAAUCAGAAACGGUCGUUGGCAUCCAGGUUGUUGUAUAUUAAAAGUGGAUCUGCAAAAUGCACAAAUAAAAACUGAUAUAAA